CACAUUCACGUCCCCUAUCCGGGAAUUAAGGAAUUCAAAUUUUGCGGUACUCUCAUUUUUUUCUUUCCUUGAAUUCGGCUAUGAAUAAUUUCAUUAGUGUCACCAUCAAUGAGAAUCAUUGAUAAUAUAUGUUCGUCCUAGAAGAUUUGACCCACACCACACCCGCAGUUCCAUAAUCCUCCCAAGCAGCCGCCGGCUCCCAUUUUUCAAUAAUCAUAAUAAAAGAAUAAAAUAACAAAGAACAUAACUGUAGCUAUAUAAGAUGGAAAAAGAUCCCAGAAAUCAGAAAACCCUAAACUCAAAGGCAAAUCCUUUGAAAAAGAAUCCACAACCAAACAGUAUAGUCACUUCCAAACCCAAAGUUUUCCACCUAAAUGAGAGAGAGAGGGAGUGUGCCGCAGUGUGUGGGAGCAGGAGAUCGUUCUUGGAGGAUAUCCCGUCGAUGCCAUCGGCUUCUGUCUCCUAGAAGCUCCGGCGCUGCUCGCCUUCAUCUCCUUAAUCUGCUGAAAUUAGCCACACCUUUCUUUCAUAAUGGCUAAAAUUGCCCAAAAGCCUCCUCAUUGGAUUCUUGAAGAGACGUUUAUUUCUCUCAUACAAUCAUGUAAGACCUUAAAACAUCUCCUUCAAAUCCAAACGCAAAUAUUCACUCGUGGCUUUGACCAAAACCAAUACAUUACUCCAAGAUUUACGACGGCAUGUGUGCAACUGAAGCAAAUGGGCAUUGCACAGAAAUUGUUUGAUAGAAAUCCUGACCCAAACACAGCUCUAUGGAAUUCAAUGAUUAAAGGGUAUGCAGAAAAUGGGUUUUAUAAGAAAGUUAUACUCUCGUUUAGUCAAAUGAAACACAUGUCUUUUUCUGCACCCAAUUGCUAUACUUUUCCUAUUGUUCUUAAAUCUUGUUUGAAGUGUAAUGCUUUAAGAGAAGGCGCGGAGGUGCACUGUAUUGUGAUAAAGAGUGGUUUUAAAGGAAACCCUUUCGUGGAAACUUCGUUAAUGGAGAUGUAUUCAGGUUGUAGACUGAUAGGAGCAGCUUAUAGAGUAUUUAAUGAAAUGGUUGACAGGAAUAUUGUUGCUUGGACUUCAAUGAUUAAUGGGUUUAUCUUUUGUCAUGAUUUAGUUAAGGCAAGGUGUCUUUUUGAUUUGGCGCCGCAGCGUGAUAUUGUGUUGUGGAAUACUAUGGUUUCGGGUUAUAUUGGGGUGGGGGAUAUGGUGGAAGCAAGGAAGCUUUUUGAUCAGAUGCCUAAAAAGGAUGUAAUGUCGUGGAAUACAAUUUUGCAGGGCUAUGCAAUUAAUGGGGAUGUUGAGGCUUGUGAGAGGUUGUUUGAAGAGAUUCCUGAGAAGAAUGCUUUCUCGUGGAAUGGAUUGAUAGGAGGGUAUGCAAGGAAUGGGUUUUUCUUGGAGGUUUUGGAUGCUUUCAAGAUGAUGCUAAUUGAUGGUAAUGUUCUUCCUAAUGAUGUUACACUUGUAACUGUGUUAACUGCAUGUGCUAGAUUAGGAGCUUUGGAUUUGGGUAAGUGGGUUCAUGUUUAUGCAGAGAACAAUGGAUAUAAAGGAAAUGUUUAUGUUGGGAAUGCGUUAAUUGAUUUGUAUGCAAAAUGUGGGAUGAUAAAGGAUGCGGUUGAUGUGUUCAAAAGCAUGAGCAAGAAGGAUUUGAUAAGUUGGAACACAAUAAUUGGGGGCUUAGCAAUGCAUGGGCGUGGAGCUGAUGCUUUAGAUCUCUUUUGUCAAAUGAAGAAUAGUGGAGUCAUUCCAGAUGGAAUUACCUUCAUAGGUGUUCUGUGUGCAUGUACGCAUAUGGGUUUAGUUGAAGAUGGCCUUUCAUAUUUCCAGUCUAUGGUAGAGGAUUACUCAAUUGAACCUCAAAUUGAGCAAUAUGGUUGUAUGGUUGACCUUCUAGCCCGAGCUGGCCUUUUAUUACAGGCUCUAGAUUUUGUGAAGAAGAUGCCUAUGGAAGCUGAUGCUGUUAUUUGGGCUGCCUUACUUGGAGCAUCUCGUGUUUACAGAAAUGUUGAAGUUGCUGAAUUAGCUCUUGAACAACUUGAUAAACUUGAGCCAAAAAAUCCUGCUAAUUUUGUCACACUUGCAAACAUAUACGGGGAUCUUGGUAGGUGGAAAGACGUGGCAAGAUUAAAAGUUGCAAUGCGAGACACUGGUUAUAAAAAAGCACCUGGAUGUAGCUCAAUUGAGGUUAAUGACUGUGUAGUUGAGUUUUAUUCCUUAGAUGAGAGGCACCCUGAAACAAAGGAAAUAUAUGGAGCCUUGAGGGGAUUGACUAAACUAUGUAGAUCAUGUGGAUAUAUACCACAUGUUCAAGAGCUUGGAUAUGGGGACUGAGGUGAAAAGAGACAUUGCUGAAUCUAGGAGACUCAUGACAUAUUUCAACAGUCGAGUUAUAAUCCAAUCGCUUUCAACCAAGGAUUCUAGCAUCUAUAUAAGAAGUUCUGGAAUCUAGAAUAAACUGGGUUCAUGGAAAGGUUAAUGCACUAUGCCUGCAACCUGUGUUGUCAGGGGUGCAACGCACUCGAGGUGCUAGAAUCCUUAUAUUGCCUCUGGUGCGAGUUACAGAAAAAGCACUAGCUUGAGUGAAGUAAACUGCAGUAUGUAUGUGUGAGUUUUUCUGUAUCUAUAUGCACGUAUAAAGCAUAAGACAUAUAAUAAACUCCAAAGUGUGGUUUAGUUUAUCUACAAAACAUGCAAUGUUUUUAUUAGUCAAUGUAUGGUUCCUUAUGGUCCAUCCAUAUAUAUGUAUAAAGCAUAAGACAUACAAUAAGCUCUAAAGUGUGGUCUAAUUUAUUUACAAAGCAUGCAAUGUUUUUAUUAGUCAAUAUGUACGGUUCCUUAUGGUCCAUCUAUAAUUGUAUACUCAAAUAUUGAAAAGUAGAGAGCACUUCUUCAAUCCAACAUUCAAUUCAGGCUCGUUCGUGAUAUGCAAAUUAAUAUGAAGAAGUUCAUCUAUCUCAAUGACCUAGCUGCCGGUCAUAGCAAGCACAAAAUCAUCCAAGAGGUUGUUCGGCUUCAAAUAGGAAAUCAUGCUUUUUUGUGAGCCGUCAUUUGGGUGUAUUUCUUCUUUUCCUUGUGUAUCCUUCUGACCACUGAAUUGUGAUUUACAAGAUCGUGAUUGUGGGAAACUUCAUCUUAUUGCUUAUCUUUCUGAAUAGGCACGCGUGAUUUGUCUGGAUUCGUGGACAAAAUUCAUGAAGUUGUUCCUAUGGAUCAACAGCCUGAGUUUCUCCAUAAGCUUUCAGAACUUUACCUUAAGGUUUAUGUAUGAGCAACUUUAGACCAUAGUAAAAAUGGGUCGAAUUGGGCAGGUUAAUGUUCACUGCUUUCUUAAAACCUUUGUCGGUUUCUGCUGCAUUUUCCUUCGAGUAAAGUUGAAGUCUUUUGUUUAAAUGGUUGUGCCUUGUACUGAUUUUGCCAUAUUGCGUGCAACUUAUGGCACGUUCAUUUAUUUGAAAGCUGAUGAUGUAAUGUUCAAUUUUGGUUGGUUUAUACCCCCUUAAACUUUAGGAGAAACAUUGAUAAAAAAAGCUUAUAUUGUGCUAGCUAUUAAUUUCUCUGAAGUAUGUUACUCAAAGAACUUGGUAAAUGAUAUUAAAUUUUCUGGCAAGUUUGAUAGCAGGCUUAUUGCUCCAUAGAUGACAUCUUAGUUUAAACUAUAAACAUUAUUUGCAAGAGAAAUAGAAUUAUCAGUACUUUGGUAUUAUGAUAAGAAGCUUGUCUAAUAAUUGAUGACUAAGCUUGGAUGCAAGAUCAGCACACAUUGCUGCCUUGUAUUUGAUCAGGAUGCACUUGUACAUUCCAAUAAGCUGAAGGUGACAUGUCUCCCUCAAAAAAUAGGUUUAAAUUCUUUCUGCAUUUACAUUGACUUGCUUGGUCACUAGUUUCUUUUAAGUAUAUUUACAUCAGGGCUCAUGGUUUAAGGGCUUGGAUGGUAAUUUAAUUUGGUUGCUUUUCGGCAGGUUUUCUCAAUGCUUCCAGGAUUUAGUGCUAGAUUAAUGCCAAAAGGUAAGAAAAAAGAAAGCCAGGUGAAGAUCAAGCACUACAUAACCAUGAUGGACUCGAUGACUAGUGAAGGCAAUUACAUUCCUGCUUUAUUCAAUUCUUGAGGAAUGUUAUUUUAAAAGGAUCACUACUUUUUCCUAUGGCAUUGAUUGUUUAACAUGCCGCAGAGUUGGAUAGUUCAAAUCCAAAGCUCAUCAAUGUGUCAAGGAUGAUGCAGAUAGCAUGGGGAUGUGGUCGUAUUCAAGAGGUAAUGGAGAUGGGAGUACAAGUGGCUAGCCAAGCUAUGGAGCAAGAUGAAGGGGCUUGAAAUUCCUAAGAGGAAAAUUGAGUUCCUUGUCGUGCAACAAGGAUGCUGAGCACAGGAGCAAGGCCCUCCCUCCCAAGAUCAGGGGAAUGGGAGGCUUGCAGAACUUGAUGAAGCAAAUGGGUCCAGCCAAAGACAUGAUGGGGAUGUUUGGAGGUGGGGACGACUAAUUUUACACUCAAUCAGAUAGCCUACUUAUAAAAUUCAUUCGGCCGCCACGGCUGGACAACCUGGUGAAGACUGAAAGCAUGUGCAGGCUAAUGCAUUUUGGUUAACUUUCCCCUCCUCUAUUUUUGUAUAUAUUUAGAUAAAUGAAAUGGUGGAUUCAAAACUAAAAUGAGUUUUGAAGUGGGGAAAGCUAGGUCUAUAUCAUGUACCCAAGUAAUGAAUUUGACUUGGUUGCAAAGAUCCUGGGUAAAUGUUAAUAUAAUCAAACAAUUUAUUAGUGAAAAAACGAGAUUAGCAGUGGAAAAAAACAA